UAAUGAGUGACAUGGGCAUGGCCAUGGGAUAUUUUGCCUCGUUCGUUAUCCACUCCCAAAACACAGCAAGCUCCUCCCUCAAACAAUGACCCUCCGUCUUCUCUCAGCUCCACCGUCCAUCCCUCUCUUCACCUGCCAUGCUUCCUCCACCACCGCCGCCGCCGCCCGUCCCCUCCCUUCGCCUCCGCCUACGCUUCCUCAACUCUCGUCGUCACCCCCUACUUCUUCCACUCCUCAGUCCCCGCUAACUUGCGCACUUCACUGCCCACACUUCCAGUCGUGCUCCGGGUGCACGCACGAGUUCAAUCUCCACCGUCCGGAUAUACUGGAAGAUGCUUCCGAUUUCUUUCGGAAACAUGGAGUCUCCGAUUUCACUUUCGAUACCUGCAAACUGUGGGGUUGGAGGUGCCGUGCGAAAUUGGCUGUGCGUGGCUCUUCAUCGGACCCUCUCAUUGGUCUCUAUGAAGAGGGUACUCACAACGUAGUUGACAUUCCACAGUGCAAAGCUCAUCAUCCUAAUAUUAAUGCUGCUGUUGAGCUGCUUAGACAGGGUAUUGCUGAAUUGGAUAUUGAACCAUAUGUUGAAGAUGAGGGUACGGGCGAGUUGCGAUAUGUUCAGAUGGCUGUAACAACACACAACACGUCUCUUCCAGCAGCAGAAAGAUAUAUGAAUGGAAAGGUUCAGGUUACUUUAGUUUGGAAUUCAAGAAAUGAAAAUUCACCUAGUUCAGAUAAAUUGAAUGAAUUGGCAAAUUUUCUAUGGAAAAACGGUGGGCCCAAGAGCAAGCUUCAUUUACUCCAUUCUGUGUGGGUCAACUUUCAGACUUCGACAAACAAUAUAAUUUUUGGGAAUAGAUGGAGACAUCUUCUUGGAGAGAGAGAUUUUUGGGAACAUGUUGGUGGAAUUGAUGUGUCCUUGGCUCCUUCUAGUUUUGGCCAGGCAAACACUAGGGCUUUUGAUGUCUUGCUUCGGAAGUUACAGAAAUAUGUUCCACAUGGGGCAUCUGUUGCAGAUUUGUAUGCUGGAGCUGGGGUAAUUGGGUUGUCAUUAGCUGCCACUAGAAAGUGCAGGUCCGUUAAAUGCAUCGAGAUUAACAAAGAGUCAAAGGCAUCUUUUGAGAAGACUAUUGGUCGGUUGCCUGCCACAGUUGACAGCAGUAUCACUUGGCAUCAUGCCGAUGCUUCCAGAGAACCUUUUUUAUGGCUUGUGGGUUCAGAUGUUGUUGUUGUUGAUCCUCCCAGAAAAGGACUAGAUGUAUCACUAAAAGAUGCAUUGCAGAAUAUAUCAUCAAUGGAGCGAAAAGUCUUUUCAUCAUUUGAGAGCUCAAACUCAGUCAAGGAAGAGAAACGACCGUGGGUUUUACGUGCUAAAGAAGAUUCAGUCCAGGUUGGAAGAAAACCGCCUCCUGAGAACAUUCCUCAAUCAGUGCCCCAAACCCUGAUUUACAUAAGUUGUGGAUGGGAAAGCUUUAAGGAGGACUGUAAGUCAUUGUUGUCCAGUAAGGCUUGGCAUUUGGAUAAAGCUCAUGGGUUUAAUUUCUUUCCUGGUACCCAAAGGUAUUUAUGUCAUUUCUAUAACUUAGUAUUUGUUUAAUUAUGUGUGUUUUAGUAUUUAUUCUUGUCACUAUAUUUUUUAUCAACAGAGGGAAAAACAUAUUUGUGCAGUUAAUAAAUCUUCAUCUUCCAUUUUCUCAAUUUGAAUU